AGAAAAGUGUGUGAAGAGUGAAAUACACUUAGUGUAGAAGUGUAUUGGUGAGGAUUGGUUUUUUGUAAUAGUUGAGUGUGAGAGUUUGCUCCUCCUAUUGUAAUUCUGUUCUUGAUAUUGAAUAGAAGAAUUUUCCAAUCCCAACAAGUGGUAUCAGAGCGAGGUUGAGUUUCCAUACACUGCUUUCUCAUUUUCAUAUAAAUUUCUACAGGUUAGAAAAUCGUGAUUUUUCAAGUUGCUCGGAAUCAGGAUCUGAUCAUAUCGUUAGAUUCGUCUCGGCGAGACGAGAAAUCUGGUAUUUUUGGGGAUUUUUUUGGCCACCGGAAGAGGCCGUACGCGCCGCCGGAAAACUGCCUGCAUCAUCACUGCGUCAUCACGCAGUCCAGAGGAAGAAGACGAUCCACGUCAGCUGCCACGUCAUCGCCACGUUGGACCACGUCAGCGACACGUGGUACCGAGUCAUCCGCCACGUCAUCCACCCGAGCCGUCCGCUGUGAGCCAACGUCAGACGCCACGUGGCUACACGUCAUCGCCACGUCAGCGAGGGAGCAGAGCCGCGUCAUUUGCCUGUUGGGCUGCAGUCUGGGCUGCUGCCUGAACCGGACCGAACCGGUUCGUGCUUUUGGAGGCCGGUUCACGCGUUUCCAGACCAGUUUUGGACGAGGUCAGACCGGUUCUUACCAUUUUCGUCCAUUGCGGAUCCAACGGUGAGCUCCGUUUGUCCAAAUUCGGCUUCGAAAAUAAGGUACGAGAUAUAUAGAGCGUUUUAUUAUGGAUAAAUCAUCGUCGGACACCAUGAUUGCGCUCACAUCCACAAACUACAAUAUGUGGAAGCCUCGGAUGGAGGAUUUGCUAAAUUUGAGGGAUUUAGCGGAUCCUCUUGAUAAUAAUGGUGUGAAACCGGAUAAAAAGACGGAUGAAGAAUGGACAAAAAUGAAUCGAAAAACUGUCGCACAAAUUCGACAAUGGAUAGAUCAUAGUGUGUUCCACCAUGUUGCUCAAGAACAAAGUGCUUACACACUAUGGGAGAAGCUUGGUAACAUGUAUCAAGCAAAAACCGCCCGAAAUAAGACGUUACUAAUGAGGAGAUUAGUAAACCACAAAUUACGUGGGGGUAUUUCGGUGUCAGAACACACCAGUCAAUUCCAGGAUCUUGUGAAUCAGUUGAGCACCACCGGAUGGGUUCUCAAAGAUGAAGAGCAGGCGAUACUACUCUUGAGCUCUCUACCUGACAGCUGGGAGACUCUUGUUGUCACUCUCAGUAAUUCUGCUCCAAAUGGGAAGGUGACUAUGCAGAUGGUCACAGAUGCCCUGAUGAAUGAAGAAGCCCGAAGGAAGGAAGCCGGGACGGAACAAUCAUAUGUCCUCAUAUCAGAAACUAACAGACGAGGGGGAGGCAGAAAUGGAGGAAGAAGUCGAGGUCGAGGUAGAGGUCAAGGUCAAAGUAGAGGAAAUUCUCAAGUUCGCGGAAGAUCACAAGAGAGAGGCAUGUCCUUUGAAAACAAUACUUGGUUCGAAGGAUAUUGCAAUUACUGUAGUAUAUAUGGACAUAGGAAAAGAGAUUGUAGAAAGUUUCUACGAGAGAAGCCACAAACGAGUCAAAAUACUAGCCAAGAAGAUGGUGAGACCAUGGUUAGUUUGUCAUCAGACGUGUGUCUUGUUACACAUGGUGAACAAGAAUGUUUACACGUAGGCACUCAUGAUGUUGAGUGGGUGAUUGAUACAGCCGCAUCAUUUCACGCCACUCCACACCAGAACUUAUUCACAACUUAUAAGUCCGGAGACUUUGGAGCUGUGAAGAUGAGAAACACCAGUUUCUCGAAGAUUGUUGGCAUUGGUGAUGUGCACAUAAUAACCAAUGUCGGAUGCGCACUUGUGUUGAAAGAUGUUCGACACGUUCCGGAUCUUAGAUUGAAUCUUAUCUCCGGUACAGCUCUGGAUCAACAAGGAUAUCUUAACCGAUUCAAAGAAGGUACGUGGAAGCUAUCUAAAGGUUCCUUGGUUGUUGCAAGAGGCCAUAUUUGUGGCACUCUUUAUAAAACUCAUGCAAAGUUGUGUCAUCCGAGUCUCAAUGCUGUUGAAGAAGAGAUAUCACCAAACUUGUGGCACCGGAGGUUAGGUCACUUGAGCGUGAAGGGAUUGACAACUCUUGCAAAGAAGGAAGUCAUUUCCAUGGGCAAAGGUGUUGCCCUAGAUUCAUGCGAGCACUGUCUAUUUGGGAAACAACACAAGGUUUCCUUCAGUUCUACCAAGAAGAACCAUACAGAGUUACUCAGUCUUGUCCACUCUGAUGUAUGUGGACCCAUUGAAGAGGAGUCACUUGGAGGAAGCAGAUACUUCGUGACAUUCAUUGAUGAUGCAUCACGAAAGGUAUGGGCCUACUGUUUAAAUCGUAAGGAUCAAGUGUUUGAUCGAUUCAAAUCAUUUCAUGCCAUGGUAGAAAGAGAAACAGGGAAGAAGCUGAAGUGUCUGCGUUCAGACAAUGGAGGAGAGUACACUUCCCGAGAAUUCUCAACAUAUUGUGCCGCAUAUGGAAUCAGACAUAAGAAGACGGUUCCACGAACUCCGCAACACAAUGGUGUAGCCGAAAGAAUGAAUCGGAC